AUUGAGAUAGUUCUUAUAAAAUAUAGACCAUGUGUACCUUUCUUUUUUCCUUAUAAUGUUUGAAGUUUCAAUUUAUAGUUCGUACCAGGAUUUAUUUAUAACCAGGAACAUAAAAUUGAGAUCUACAUAACUUACAUUUAACUAUGCCAGCCUACGCAGAUACUUGUGUUGAUGAGAGCGGUUUAGGUGAGAAGUCGACAGCACCAAGUCUGGUUAAUGAUCAACAGUUAUUUAGUCCACCAGCCUAUACAGAUAUUUGUGUUGAAGAACGUGGUUUAGAUGAGAAAUCAGCUUCAAGUCAGGCACAUGAUCCUAUGUUAGAGAAUGAAGAUUUUAGUGUGGAAGUUAAAGAUAUAGAAUCAACUGAUAGUAGUUCUAAUGUAUCGCCCAGCAGUAGUAGCAGUUCUAUCUGCAAUGCAUUUGACAAUGUUCAACAGAUUCAUCAAGAUAUCGGCUCAUUUAUUGAUACCAAUAAAGUCAUUCUUAGAGGUGUAUUUAUUGGACUACUGUGCACUUCUGCCCUGGGAUAUUUUAUAUGGGCACUGGUUAUUUCUAUCAAAUAUGACUGCCAGGAUAUUCGUCCACUGAUUACUCUAUUUGUUGCCAUUGUUACAUGUGUGGCCAUUUGGCGUUGCAAAAUAUGCUUUAGUUCACAACUAGAAAAAUGCUCACAAGCUGUUGGAGAAGCUAUUAAUGGAAAAAAAAGAAGAAUAAUCAAAAUAGCAACAUGUCUGCUGUUAUUGGCUGGAAUCACAGUUGUGAUAUUACUCAUAGGAUAUCGUCGACCUGCAAAUCUUAUAUCUAUUGUUGGUUUCCUCGUUUUUGUUAUAUUCCUUUGGAUUUUCUCGGCUCAUCCAGGACAGGUAAAGUGGCGGCCUGUGAUUGGAGGAUUUUGUUUGCAGUUUUACUUUGCUGUGAUCAUACUUCGAUGGCAGGCUGGGUUUGAUCUUUUGUCUUGGCUGGGUCAAAGGGUCCAAGAAUUUCUAAACUUUACCAAUUAUGGUGCGGAAUUUGUGUUUGGAUCUAAAUACACUGAUCAUAUAUUUGCCAUGAAAGUUUUACCGGUGGUUAUCUUCUUUAGCUGCGUUAUAAAUGUGUUAUAUUACCUUGGAGCCAUGCAGAUGAUCAUUAGUAAGAUAGGGUGGUUGCUAAAGAUGGUCCUAGGAACAACUGCCCCAGAAUCCCUGUGUGCUGCAGCUAAUAUCUUUGUAGGACAUACUGAGGCACCCAUCAUGAUUCGUCCAUUUAUGCUGCUAAUGACAAAGUCGGAGCUAAAUGCUGUUAUGACUGGAGGAUUUGCUACAAUUGCUGGAGGAGUGAUGGCAGCUUACAUCUCCUUUGGGGUACCACCUGAACAUUUACUAUGUGCAUCAGUGAUGAACGCACCUGGUGCUCUAGCAGUAUCUAAGUUAUUGUAUCCUGAGACAGAAAAGAGUAAAAUCAGAAAAAUAUCUGAUGUUGACAUGGGAGAAAGUAAGGAGAGAAAUAUUAUAGAUGCUGCAGCUGCUGGCGCGUCAGCCUCCAUCAAACUGGUUGCUAAUAUUGCUGCCAAUCUUAUUGCCUUCCUAUCAUUAUUGGCAUUUGUAAAUGCCAUCUUGUCCUGGCUAGGAAGCUUUGUUUGUCAUCCUGAAUUCUCCUUCCAGUUGAUCUGUUCAUACAUUUUUAUGCCAAUGGCAUAUUUAAUGGGCGUGGAAUGGUCAGAUGCAGGUGUUGUGGGAGAAUUGGUCGGAAUCAAAACUUUCUUGAAUGAGUUUGUUGCCUACAAGGAACUUGCAAAAUUUAUUGAGAACAGGUCAACAUGUAGUGGGGAAUAUCUCUCAAUCAGAUCUCAAGUGAUAGCAACAUACGCUCUUUGCGGCUUCUCCAAUCUUGGGUCAAUUGGUGUCCAGAUGGGAGCUUUAGGAUCAAUGGCUCCUGAGAGGCGUGGCCACAUUGCUACUAUCGUGUUGAGAUCACUCCUAGGAGGUGUGGUCACAUGUCUAAUUACCGCCUCUAUUGCUGGUUUGCUAUUGGUUGAUGAGCCUGUGGAUUUAUGUAUAGCCGGAGCAAACGGUACGGUCAUCAUGAAUGUAACUAUGGCAACAAUGAAUGAUGCUAUCAGUGUGAACAAUAUAACAAACAUAGUGAAUGCAACUGUUUCAAGUGUUUUAUGAUGAAGGCUUUUAUUAGGAAAAUAAUAAGUGUUUAGUUAGAUGCUUUCUUUAUUUUCUUUUCUUUUUUAUAUUUAUCUACAUGUAUGAAAAUUUAGUGUUUAGCUAGAUAUGCCUUCUUUAUUUUUCUAAUGAAAUUUUGUCUGUUUAUGUACGUAAAAAAUAGAUUUUUAUGUGCCAUUUUUAUGUGCCAUUUUUUUUUUAAUAACCAAAAUGUUUAUAUGAAAUAGGAGGGUUCAAAACAUCAGUGUUAGGGUGCGAUAUAAUUUGUCAGUUAAUGACCAUGAUGACAGCUAGUAUUGCUUCAUGCAGUGUUGAUUUGAACCUUUCAAAUGUGUACUAUCACUUUUAAUAAGAUAACAUAUAAUUUUCCAACUAAUUUAUGCCAUUGAAUUAGUUUUUACAAAGAUUUAUUAUGCCCCCACAAUGUGGGAGCAUAUAGCGUUGCACUUGUCCGUCCGUCUGUCUGUCUGUCCGUCCGUACGUACUUCCCGAAAUCUUGUGAACACAACUCCUCUUAAACCGGAUGGCAGAUUUUGCUUAAACUUACAGGGAUGAAUAACCUUAAUGUGUAGAUGGUAGUAAAGGAAGGAAUUUUUCACUGUGACCAAAUUUAACAGAAUUAUGGCCCUUUGUUGAUUUUUUCACAAUAUACUAUAUAGAAAUUUUGUGAACGCAACUCCUCUUAAACCGGAUGACAGAUUUUGCUUAAAGUUAUAGGGAUAAACAACCUUAAUGUGCAGAUGGUAGUAAAGGAAGGAAUUUUUGCUGCGACCAAAUUUAACAGAAUUAUGGCCCUUUGUUGAUUUUUUCACUAUAUACUAUGUAGAAAUUUUGUGAACGCAACUCCUCUUAAACCGGAUGGCAUAUUUUGCUUAAACUUACAGGGAUGAACAACCUUAAUGUGUAAAUGGUAGUAAAGGAAGGAAUUUUUGCUGCGACUAAAUUUAACAGAAUUAUGGCCCUUUGUUGAUUUUUUCACUAUAUACUAUGUAGAAAUUUUGUGAAUGCAACUCCUCUUAAACCGGAUGGCAGAUUUUGCUUAAACUUCCAGGGAUUAACAACCUUAAUGUGUAGAUGGUAGUAAAGGAAGGAAUUUUUGCUGCGACCAAAUUUAACAGAACUAUGGCCCUUUGUUGAUUUUUAGUUUUCAACUUGUUUCACAUGUGGUCCAAAAGAUAUUUGACCUUGAGUCAUAAGAUUGACAGAACAGUGGCGUGUGGGGGCAUCCGUGUCCUAUGGACACAUUUCUAGUUUGUCAAAUGUUUAAACUACAACUUUUUUGUAGUUUCUAUGGGGGUAUCUUUUAGUAAUUUUACUCAAAGCAUAUAUUCAAAGUCUGGUUAUUUACCUUACAUUUUGAUAAAAUUAUAUAUUUCAAAAGCUUCUGCAGCUCUAAGUUGGUCAAAGGUCAAUAUCAUCCUUCAUUUUUAUUUAUUGCAUGCCCAUUUAG